UGUUGGGAAAAAAGUUAUUUCGUUGAUAUUAAAUGUUAGUAUAACAGCCUAUAAUCUGUAUGUGAAGUUCAUUGAAGGUAGCCUGCAUUCUAAAUGUACACCUACAAAAACUAAGUCUUCCAACUCUUCAUUUACAAUCUAUUGCACAAAUGUUUAUUUUACAAAAAUUCUAAAACUGCUGUCGACGUAUUUGUUAGCGUGAAAUGAUGGACUUAUAUUCCUCAAAUGUUACCUGGUGCUUGUCAAGGCGACAAUACAGUCGUCUUUCAAAAACAGCCUACAACACAAUUCAACAAUAUGGUGUACGACAAAUCGCUCACGCUCGGCGAGCCUUCUCCUACAAGUUUUCAAGUUCAGUAGGAAGCACAUAUUUUCUCGUUUUCAGUGCUGAUGGAGAGAAAUUAGCAUCAAGCCACGCAGAUCAUACAGUGCGCGUAAGUGAUGUUAAUUCAAAUCUUUGCCUACACGUGUUAAGCGGACAUCCGCGUACAGUGUGGUCUGCAGCUUUUCAUCCUUCUGACUCAUGUUUGAUUGCAACUGGUUGCCUUAACGGUGUUGUAAAAGUGUGGGAUUUAAACAAAGACUGUAAGCUUGUGAGUAAAACCUCCUGCGAUUCUAAUGUGACCUCGUUGGCAUUUCAUCCAUCCGAGAGAGUGUUGUUAAUCGCAGCAGGAAAUCAACUGCUAUUUUGGUCAUGCAACGAGUCAAAACCGUUUGCUAAAAGCAACGUAACGUCUUUUUAUGAAAGGGUUAGACUUGCGAAAUUUGGUCCACAUGGCAAUUUCAUAAUAACAGGAAUACUCCAAGCUGAGCAUGAGGAAUUUUGUAAAGAAACUUAUGAGGCCAUAUGCCACCAGAAUCAAGCACAAUCUUUAACUUGUCGUACAUCUGUGAUACAUGUCAAUACACACAACAUGGAGACGUGUGUAGAACAUGUUGAAGAUAGGUCACCAGAAGAUCAACUGUCAAUUUCAAUCUUAAACCGACCCGAGUUGCAUCGUCUACAAUAUUGGGAUUUUACACACUUUACAAUUCCCAGUUUGCAAAAGACCAGCAAUAACAUUAUCACAUCAAACUGCAAAUUUUUGAAUAAUUUAGGAGUUGAUAUAUCUUCAGAUGGUCGUUUCCUGUGUGCAGCUGUCUUUCCUUCAGCGAAUGAUGCAGAAUCCUGUUAUAUAUGUGUGUUUUCGCUGGAGCAAAUGAAACUAGGCGAAUGCUUGUACUCUAAAGGUGUUAAACAAAGUGUAAUGACAAUAUGCUUCUCGCCUUUGCAUUCUCAUCUUAUUGUUGGUGUAUCCCAUGGGAUUUCAUUGAGUGAGGAUGUUGCUGCAAAAGUAGUAGGGCAUAUUUUCAAGCUUGGUUCUAAAAAAAAUCUGUCCAGAGUGAUGACAUUGAAACUUCAAUUUGAUGUCAAAAGUAUUUCUGAAUCAAGAAUUUUUUCUGGUGCAAAUGUUAAUGCUGUAUCAUGGCAUCCAAUGAUCAAGUAUGGCCUAAUUGCCUUUGGCACUAAUAAAGGAGGAGUUCACUACUUACAUGUUUGACCUAAAUAUUUUUUCUAUUAUUCUAAUACAAGUUUACAAACAACAAUCGUUGUCUCUCCACCCCACCCCCCUCCAUUACUUAGUCAACACUUCACCCCAGUAAACCAAAAUUUCUUAAGAAUUAUUUUUUAUUUAGAAAUUUCAUGCUGAUAAGAAAUUUUGUGUGUUAAUAGCUUAGAUUUUCAGAACUUUUGCAUUAUAUUUUGUAGGACGAAAGUCUUAUUUUCGUGGGCUAAUUGGGCCUCGAGGUCGAUGACUCAGCGCCGGAAGUGACGCACAUUAGAUGACGUACAUUAGAGAACACAUACAUGGACGACAUAGUUUUCAUUAUGCAGGAUUAUAGUAAACAAUGAACCUUAAAAAAGUAGAACUGUUUGGACUCUACCACUCAAAUUCUAUAUUAUUGUAAGAUGUUUAUACUUUACGAAGCAAGCGUGUUCUAACACGUCACUUCCAGCGCUGUUUCACUUCGUUAAUUCCUAGCGCGAAAAGCCCAUUUAAAAAAAUUUUCGACCUAUAACAAUUAAAGUGCAAAUAUACUUAAAAUCAAUCUUACUAUCUAAAGAAGUUAUUAACUCGAACCCUAAUCUCAGUUUGUUACGUGAUAUGAACUUUUGUUUCAAUUUUGAAUGUAUGAACUUGUAAUUGUGAUUUUAGCGAUCAUCAAAAAUCAGACGUUCAUGUAGAUUGUUAGUAAAUUACAUUUGUUUCUUGAUUAAAGUUUAUAAACUUGUUUAUACAUUUGUAUGGCGACGUGCUCUUAUAUGGUGAGAGGAGGAGAGCGCCAGGAAUUCCCUACACAUGGAUGAAGACGGUCUCCGACAGUGGGGUAGCUGGCGAGCGUUAACCUGAGAGAGUCAAAUUUUCAAAAGUAAGUCUUAUCGUCUACAGGUCUGCAAGCAAAGAAAGAAAUCACGUCUUUGUGCGACACAUCAGAUCGAUAUCAGCUCACAAUUUCACUAAAACACGCACUCAAGUGAUGAGAUACAAGAUGUCAGCAUGUUGCAUAAGGAAAGCAUUUCACUAUUCUCAAAGAACUGUGUGCCGCAGCGCGCAUGUGCAAGGCGAAGUGAUAAAAAAGAUAAACAAUCUAUGAUCAGCUGUAUUUAAAGCAACAUGCGGGAAAGACGACUUAUCAAUUUUUUUGCGCUUUUUGCUGAUACAUCCACUUGCGAGAAUUUUUUUCGUGAUCAGUUCUUUUGGCUGGCAGCCAUGAAGUUUGAAACUUUAAACUGAAGGAUUCUGGCAAAAACGAUUUUCUGAUGCUAAUAUCGAAAUUUGAAUUAAACUAAAUAUACAUCGAAAAUCGUAGAAACCAAAGCAGAAUUGUACUUACUCAAACUUGAAACUCCAGUCUUUAAUCGUGCACAGACAAAGGAACAGUAGGGUAAGAGCUAGCCUUGCAAGGAAAGGUGACUCUGUACCACGUAAACAGUAUUUUUACCUGCUUAUCUUCUCUUAUCUUUACCUGCUCUUUCUCAAGAGUGUCAGUUCUUCGAUUUAAAAACAUAUCAACUAGUAAAAUUAAAAAGGAUGACCGGUAGCAAACAGUGGCGGAUAAUGACCUAGAACCAGGUCAGUGCCUAGAACCAAUGCUACUAGAUAUCUGAUUCCGCCAAAAUUGUAUAACAACAUUGAAUUAAAAUACAUGGAACGCUA